AUGGUGCUCCCCUCGUCCACUGAAGAGGGCAAGCUGCUCAAGAAGCGUUACGCGGUGUUCAACCACGACGGUUCUUUGGCAGAGCUCAAGGGCUUCGAACUGAAGCGCAGGGGAGAGCUGGAGGUCAUCAAGGUUUUCCAGUCCCAGGUGUUCGAGAAGUUCCUGCGGGGCGACACUCUGGCGCAGUGCUACGACGCCGUGGGGGAAGUGGCCAACCAGUGGCUGGACGUGCUCUACUCCAAGGGGGGAGACGUGGACGACGACGAGCUCAUGGAGCUUAUCUCCCAGAACAAGACCAUGUCUCAGACUCUCGAAGACUAUGGCACGGCCAAGAAACUUCUCCGCUCUCCCCACAAACAACUUUUGUUUCUGCUCUCCCCGCAGGGUACGAGCCAGACAACCGCGCGACGCCUGGCGGACUUCCUGGGAGCCGAGAUGGUCAAGGACAAGGGGCUGAACUGCCGCAUGAUCCUCAGCAACCGCCCGCACGGCGCGCCGGUGACGGACAGGGCGGUGCCGACGGCCAUCUUCUCGGCCGAGCCGGCGGUGAAGAAGCACUACCUCCGAAAGUGGCUGAAGGUAGAUAUGCAUGGGAUUGGUGUUGGUGGUGGUGAUGUUAAUGAUGGUGUUGUUGAGGAUGAUAACGGCCUAACCGAGCCCUUUGUCUGGGAGAGCCCGACGAAGGGUCACUACUUCUGUAAAUUUCUCAAGGUGGAAAACCCCUGCCCGCGGGUAAAACACCCCGACUGGCUGCGGAAGAUCGUGAGGGAGAUCAACGAUGGGUACCGGCAAACGAAGAUCGACCAGCUCUUCAAGGCGGCCCCUCCCGGGACACCCCAGCUCACCAAUGCCGGGGCGUCAACCAAGGCCAAACCAACCCCCGCGGCGGCCUCCACCGACAUCGAAGACAUGACGGUUGCCGGCGGCGGUUGCGGCGGCGGCGCGGCGGGGCGCAGCAUCCUCGGAGCCCGCGCCCGCGUCACCAAGCGCAUCGGCAACGGGACCCCCGCCGGCGGUGCCCUCGCCCCCGGCGGGAGUCCCGGGAAGGAGAACGCUGACGUCCGGGGGGAUGAGCAGGAGGAGGAAGAGGAGGAGGAGGUCGUCCCGAUUCGGAGGGAGGAUGACUUCCAGGGGUGGUUGGCGCAGCAGAAGGCCGGGUGGAAGAAGCGUCGGGAGCAGAACAGGCUCAAGCGGAGGACGGAGGCGAGGUCACAGGCAAUGGCCUCGUUCAGGGGAAGCGGCAGCGCCGGCGCACGGGGCGGUACUGCGGGGCUGGGAGCAGCGGGAGUGGCGGAGAAGCGGCGGCGGACGGCGGCCAUGGGGAAGUCGGGGCUUCAGGGCUACCUUACCUCGGCCCAGGACGCUCUCUUGCGUGGCUUCUGGCAGGUGGUGGAGAUCCGGCCGAGCGAUCACCCGGGGUCGUUCACGGUCUUCGCUAUGACAGGCCCGGGAGAGCUUCAGGUAAUCCCCAUCACCAUACCCCGGGUGUUCUACGUCAACUGCCUCGAGGACAAGGGCCCCGCAGGCUCUUCGAUCAUGGGACGCCGGGUGGCCCGAACCCUUCCCAAUGGGCGUGCCUCGCCCUUCCUCUACGAGGUGGCCAUGGACGAGGCAAAGUUCCAGCGCAACGAGAAGCAGGUGGAGGAUUUUCUUCACCACGCGGGGAUAGAGGGGGUGUACGAGCUGGGCACCCCCCUGGUGUACCGGGCCAUGCUCCACCUCGGCUCGGUUGCCAGGGUCGUCCAGGGGAGGGCGAAGGCGCUGAAGGGGGUCAAGUCCGGCUCUGGCCAGGCACCGGGCUUCGAGCUGGAAGACUUGGAGCUCGUGACUGCGGCUGCCCAUCCGUACCUCCACCCUUCGGUGGCGACGUUCAAGCACAUCUACCUCUACCACUCUAGCUCCGGCAAGCGGGGAAUGGUGGGGCUCUUCUACGUUCAGGGCACAAACGAGGAUAUCGAGCCAGAGCCCACCGCGGAAGGCGGUGCGGAGGACGUAGGGGGUGAGGGGGGGCUGGGUCCGGGCGAGCGUCCGGUGAUCGCCAAGGCCGUGGUUUGGCUUGUCAACCCCUUCUCGAGGAGGGACGGGGAGCAGCGGCCGCCGUUCUCGCGCAUCUUCGAGAAGUUUACCAAGUGCGACUCUGCAUCUGUGAUAAACACCAGCAACCCGGACAGCUCGUGCACGUUCAAGACGUCCUCGGUGAGCAGCGCUGACGAAGCCUGGGCUGCCGCCGACGCCUCCCUGGCCUCUUACUCCCGACAGAGAAACGGCCCAACGUUGGUCCUGUCACAGGGGCUGCUGCAAGGACAGGAGCUGCGGCGGCGUCUCCCUGCCCUGUCCGAGCUGCCCGUAACGCACAUCCCCGGCAACGCCGAGGACGAGAGGUACCCGGCUCUGGGAUGGCAGGCAUUCGCCGCACAAAGGAUGGUGCAAAGGUUCUUCAUCGCCCCGAGGUGGCUCGCGGACCGACUUCUCUGCGCGCGGUACGCGCACCUCCCGCUGGCCAACAUCGGGGCAGACGCUCCCUGCGCCAUGGCCGACGCGUUCUUCGGGCGCCUUCUGAGGCACAACCGGCACGUUCUGUGGGCUUCGGAGACCUCUCGUCCGGACCUCGGGGGAAGGGAGGGGGACGACAACGACAUCUGGGCGGAGGACCUAGCCUCCCCGACCAUCCUGCAGCCCGGGGCGUAUCGCAACAUCUGCAUCGAGCUAGAGAUUCACGGCCUUGCCGUAGGCUCCGUCAUCGCGUCGUCCCAGCUCGAGGCGCUCGAGGGCAGCCAGGGCGUUACCGCCCUUACCGUCAACAACGACAACGAGGGAAAUGGCGGCGGCGGCGGCGGUGGCGGUGACAACAACAUUUUCUCCGGAGGUGCCGGCGGAGGCGGCGGCGGCGGCGGGACCGGGGGUGGGGUUGGCGGCGGGGACGACCAGGCCGUCGCAUCAGCCUUCAGGAUUCUGAAGGUGUUGGUCACCACUUGGCUGGAUGAGGUGACCCACAUGGGCAACGCCCACGCUGACAGCCUUCUCGUCCACUUCUACCGGUGGAUCUGCGCGCGGCAGUCGUUGCUGCACAAUGCCACGCUCCACUGCCUUGUGCACCGGCUCAUGCACAAGGUUUUCAGCAGGCUGAUCGCCGAGCUUCGGCGCCUGGGAGCCUGCGUUGUGUUCGCGAGCUUCCAGAAGGUGAUCAUCGCCACGAACAAGUCGGACGUGAAGGCCGCGAGGGACUACGCCAAGUUCGUGAUCUCGACGGUGACGUCUCGAGACCUCUUCAACACCCUUCAGCUGGAGCCGAAGAUGUUCUGGGAGCAGCUCCUCUUCCUGGACGACCAGGACUACGGGGGCAUUCAGGUCCAGGGGGACUUCGAAGAAGAAGAAGACGAAGAAGGGCGAAAGCAGGACGACGUCGACGACGAAGCAGCGACGGCCAAUAGAAAAGACGCUGGUGACGAUGAGGAAUUUUCUGAGGAAGGGUCUGAGGAUGAUGCGGAAGGUCUCCAGGACAGCGAAGAAGAGGAGGAGGAGGAAGAGGAGGGAGAGGAGGGAGAGGAGGAGGAAAGGAGGGGGCGACGGUUGAGGCGGUUCAAGGACCGGAACGGCGGCGGUAGCGGGUCCCGUAAGGACAAGGCUGUACCAAAGGCAAAACGAGACAAUGACCUCAAGCCAGAUGAGGAGGACGACGAAGAGGAUGCGCGAGUAUCCGGUGGUGGUGGCAGUGGCACCGUCGGUACCAUGGCAGAACGAAAAAUGCCUUCCAUCGUCUCGCACUGGAAUCUGGCCGAGUACUUGCCAGCCUCCGUCCGCCAGGUGUUCCUGAUCCUAGUGUCCACCUUCCUCCUCAAGCCGCACGAGAAGGCGCGACAGCUGAGGCUUGACCACGAAAGGAUGGUCGCGAGCCUCAGCAACCAGCUGACGCAAUGGUCGCAGCCGAACGGCCCGGCCCCGCCCGGGACGGACAGAGGGGGGAGCGGCGGCGGCGGUGUACCGGCCAGCCAGGGGGAAAUGGACGCAGCUCUUGCGGUUCAGGCGGCACUUCGCAAGGAAGAAGCGAACGAGUCGCAGUCGAUGGCCGACUUCCUCAAACACCUGGUCACGAGGACGCUCACGGACAAGGUUCUUGAGACGGUUCCCGCCAUCAAGAAGUACAGCGGUAGCGGGCCGGACGCGUUCCCGAACAAGCCUGGAGCGGCGCGCGAGCUAACCAACCCCGCCCUCGAGUUCAUCAAGAGCCUCUGCCAUGUUCUCAGCCUAGAUCCAACCGUCACGGAUGAGGUGGAAACGCUGAGGAAGCAGGCUCUGGCCGAGGUGGGCGUCCGUCAGUUCUCUGCGGAGGGUCAGUACAGCGACCCUUGCGUGAGCUUCGUGCUGCCGGACGUGAUCUGCUCCUUCUGCAACCUGUGCCGCGACCUGGACCUUUGCCGCGACGCGCGUCUCAUGGACGAGGACGAGGAGGAAAGGUGGCAGUGCAUCCAGUGCAAUCACCCGUACGAGCGUAGCAGCAUCGAGCUAUCCCUCGUGGAGGCCGUACAGCGUAGAAGCGUGCGGUACCAGCUACAAGAUAUGAAGUGCGCCAAGUGCGGCGCCGUCGCGACGAGGUCCAUGAGCCUCACGUGCCCCUGCUCGGGGCCUCUGGUGGCUGAAGAAAGCCAGCAAGAUUUCCACAAGACCAUGAAGCUGCUGAGGCAGCUGGCUAUCUUCCACAACUUCGGCUGGCUGCUGGAGACAGUCGCGAACAUCCUCGUCGCGGACGGGCUGGUGGAAGAAUCCGUUCCGGCUCAGGGCGGGCGGGAGGAGGAGGAGGAGGAGGAGGGAGAGGCGAUGGACGAGGAUGGACACGCCGCCAUCGACGGCUGACGCGAUCGACGAGAUUUUGUUCACGUUGCCAACAAUAAAGACGCGCGACUGUUGUUGCCAUGAUGGCGGCCCCUUGUUUUUUGUCGCAGAGAAACUCCGUGGCAGAAACAUGCCGGUUUUAACGCACUGCAGUGCAGUUCAACCGUGCCUUGGAACCGUGUCUCUCGAUAGAGGAGACGGAGGAAGAGGCGGUGUUUGAUUAGCAUGCUGUUGUCGACGAAAACGCUUUUGGUUGUUCCCUCGAGACCUGCGGCAGAUCAGCCUCUUGUCCACGGGGGCAAUCCGACGAAGUGCGUUGGUUUCGUACACAGUAUGGUCUGGGGCAGUCGGAGAGGCGUAGGACGAGGUGGAGCCGCCACACAGGCACAGACAGCUAAUGACGACAGGACGGACGUUGCACACCGGACAUACGAAACAUGGAGAACGAGGCUGUUGUCGUCUACAGCACGUGGUAGACCAGACCCGCGUGACAUUGGCCGUGAGGGGCCUCCGUUGUUUGCCAUGCCGCCCUGACCUUGUCCUCUCUGGUUGGGCCGAGAAUAUGCUUCUCCAUGAUUGUGCGCCUUCGGAGGGGUAGGUGUUCCCGGAGAGAAGAGGCGAUGAUUUUUCCAACCGCCUAACUGUGCGAGUUUACGGUCCUCGUCUUGACGUAGGGUGGGUUUGAUGGCCCAGCUUCGCAACAGCGCGACUGCACGGGGCUUGCAUGCAUGCAGUGUGCGGACCCCCAAUACUACGGAGCCGAUUUCGAGGGAUUGGUGGGGCUUCUGCCAACUUGGUGAUUUGUGCACCCUCGUUAUUGUUGGAAGGCGCGGUAGAAAAAGACAUGUCAGAUGUGCACUCGCUUGAGGUAGGUAAAUGCCCUAUGUAUGUAUGCGAGGGAUAGAUAGGCUUUGGGUUUAGGGUGUUCUUGAGGGAAAACAAAGAUUACAUGCGUUGGUGCAAAGCUGGUAUUUAGAGUCAGAUCACUGUAUUAUGCCAUCAUUAUACCGUUGACGACACAAUGGUAUAUCACUGAAUGGACGGACAGCAGGUUGGUGGCGGUACUUGGGUAGAUGGGCAGGAUGUUGGGUCAGGCGCUGCAUGGAACAACUCCUCCCGAACCUGCCGUUUAAGAGGAGAGAGCUUGUCGAUGGCAGCAGUUCGCGUAGCAGGAUUUAGUCACGGUGGUACUUGCCGGUGCGCAAGCUGUGUUAGUUUGUUUACAGUUUUUUAAUGGCUUGGGUGGCGUACAAGCGACCGCAAAAAAUACCAGCCCUGGAUGCAAGUCUAAUGUUCC